GGCAAACCGCUGAAGCUUGUCGCUCGGGCGAGCGAGGAACCUUGGUCCUUGCGAGCCACCAUCCCGGAAGUGGAAUUUAGAGGAAGCAACUGUGAGGGUUGCUUGGGUAUAUUUGAGCUCUCGGGAUUCUAGGUGAGGAUUCACAGAACUUUUUGUAGUUUGGGUCGGCCCGGACGAACUCAGAGGUUUUCUCUUCAUUUGAAGGAACUAGAUUCUCUGCUGAGCCCGACGUGUUUGUGGUGGAGCAGAAGGGGUGCGGAUGAAUAAAAGUGCAUCUGAGAUAGUUGGUCUGCGCUUUUCCUCCGUGGCGGCUUUGGAAGUGAACGGCUGUUGUAGCGGCUUAUCAUGGCUCAGCGAGCAGUGUGGCUCAUAAGCCACGAACCGGGAACCCCACUUUGUGGCACCGUCAGAUUCUCCAGGCGGUAUCCAACUGUUGAAAAACGAGCCAAAGUCUUCAAUGGAGCAAGUUUUGUGCCUAUUCCUGAAGAUGGUCCCUUUCUUAAAUCACUGCUCUUCGAACUUAGAUUACUCGAUGAAGAUAAGGACUUCGUGGAGAGUCUUGAUAACUGUUCUCACAUCAAUAAAACCUCCGUCUAUGGACUUAAGGUGGGAGGUGAAGAACUCUGGCCAGUGGUUGCUUUUCUGAAGAAUGGCAUGAUAUAUGCUUGUGUUCCACUAGUUGAACAGUCUUUAUCCCCUCGUCCACCAUUAAUUAGCAUUAGUGCAAUUUCACAAGGCUUUGAAUUUCUCUUUGGGAUACAGGAUUUUCUUUACUCAAGUCAAAAAAAUGACACUGAGCUAAAUACAAAAUUGAGCCAACUGCCUGACUUGCUUCUGCAGGCAUGCCCAUUUGGAACUUUGCUAGAUGCCAACUUACAGAAUUCAUUGGAUAGCAUGAAUUUUGCUUCUGUGUCUCAUCCACAAAAACAACCAGCCUGGAAAGCUGGAACAUACAAAGGAAAACCACAAGUUUCUAUUUCUAUCACUGAAAAGGUGAACUCUAUGCAAUAUGAUAAAAAGGAUAUAGCAGAUACAUGGCAAGUAAUUGGAGCUGUCACUUGCAAGUGUGAUUUAGAAGGAAUCAUGCCAAAUGUUACCAUCAGCUUGAGUCUCCCCACCAAUGGAUCUCCACUUCAGGAUAUUCUAGUUCAUCCUUGUGUGACUUCUCUUGACUCUGCCAUUCUGACUUCUAGUAGCAUUGAUGCAAUGGAUGAUUCCGCAUUUAGUGGACCUUACAAAUUUCCAUUCAGUCCACCUUUAGAGUCAUUCAACUUAUGCUACUACACCUCCCAGGUUCCUGUCCCACCUAUUUUGGGCUUUUAUCAAAUGAAAGAGGAAGGAGUACAACUAAAAAUAACGGCUAAUUUAAAACUUCAUGAAAGUGUGAAAAACAGUUUUGAAUUCUGUGAAGCUCAUAUACCCUUUUACAAUAGAGGUCCAAUCACACAUGUGGAAUACAAAGUUAGUUUUGGCCAGCUAGAAGUAUUUCGAGAGAAAAGCUUAUUGAUCUGGAUUAUUGGACAGAAAUUCCCAAAAUCAAUGGAAAUUAGUCUUUCUGGAACUGUAACUUUUGGAGCCAAGAACCAUGAGAAGCAGCCAUUUGACCACAUUUGCAUUGGGAAUACAGCAUAUUUAAAGCUUCGUUUUAGGAUCUUAGAUUACACACUUACUGGAUGUUAUGCAGAUCAGCAUUCUGUUCAAGUUUUUGCAUCAGGAAAACCAAAAAUAAGUACAUACCGGAAACUAAUUUCUUCUGACUAUUACAUAUGGAAUUCUAAAGCUCCUGCUCCAAAACCUGUCACUUCAGGAUCAUUUCUGAAGACAAAGUCCGUUUCCCAUUUGGCUGGACCUUUCUUUUCUUGAGAGUCUGCUGCCACAAUUAAAGAAGAAACAGCUGCAUUUCAAAGGGAUUCCGAUUCCAGAAGCUUAAUCGUGAUUGACAUGCUCUUAUUCUAAGCUAUAAGACACUCUAAGAGUCCUUUCUUGGGUUAAAACUUCAAUCAUUUUCUAAAAAAUUAUCUCACUAUGGAUUUUAUUCAUUUUCUUUGAUAACUAUUCUUUGCAUUUUUAACUUGAAAGAUGCUUUGUGUGUGCAGUGAAUAUGAGCACCUACUUGCCCAGAUUUGGAUGGUAUCACACCUACUCUAGAUGCAAAAUGGCUAAAUUCUCUUUUAGUGCAAAAAUAUGAUUAUGAAAUAUAAUGUCUAUCACAUAAAUAAUUAUGCUUCAGUAGACCCAAAAGGUACAGAAAGUGUUACAUUUCUGAAAAGAGUGCUCCAGAAAAGAUGGUUCAUGAUUUUGAUAAAACCCUUCUUUUCUAAACAAUGUUUUUAAAACUUUUUUUAAGGCCAGCAAUACCCUUACAGGGGUGGGCAUUUUUUUUAAAUUUUUUUAAAUAAUUAAUUUAAAUAUCAGGUUUGAAGUAAAUAAUAGCCUUGUCAAAAGUUGUUUAAAAAACUAUUUGUUUAAAAAGUUUUCUUAAUUAAACAGUCUGAUAAAAUUUUUUUCACACCAACUUAAUAUUUGAGUUAAAUUAUUGUGAGUUUAUAUACUGUAUGAAAGCACAAUUUUAUACAUAAGAACAACAACUAAUAUUUAUAUUAUAGUAUUUCAAACCACUUUUAGAGACUUGCACAGACUCCUGCUCCGCCCCUGGGAGGUGAGUGGGUGGGGCUGUCAUCCAGAGCCUGGGCUGGACCGCUUCCACAGCAGAACGGUUGUUUCUAAGACAAAGGUCAGAAAAGGGAUGUUAAUAAACAGCCCUCAGGUUUAAGGGACUUUUUUAGGAUUACAUCUUAAAUUCCAACAAAUCAGAUUUAGGAGUUACUGAAAGUGAAAUUGAUCCAUCCCUCAUCCAAACUUUGCAAUACUUUCCUGUUCUGACAUCAUUUAGAUAGUUAGCUGUAUUAUCAGAUUAGAAACCAUUGUACCACACUGCUGAAAGGAAAAGGAGGCAAAAAGCUAAACAUAGGAUGAAUUCUGAACCUUUUAACCUGGCUGAAGUACGUUGGUCCCUGUUAUGCAAAUAUCUUCAAUCCUCUGCUAAGUUCAGGGGAAAUAAUUUUCUUGAAUGACAGGUUUAUUCAGCAAGGAUUCAGUUGGUGAUUAAUCCCCCUUUGAUCUAGGGUAUUUCACUUAACUACCAGUUACCUCGUUCUGACAAAGUGCAGCUGAGAUUAGGGAGAUCACUAGAAUACUACCAGGGUGUGCAUUUAUUCUCUCUAACCUUCUAAAGCAAGGGCCAAGAAUGCAAUUUAUUUUCAGUAUUUGGAGAUGUAAAGUCCUGUCUGCUAAGUUAGAAAGUCAAUUGAAUACCAAAUGAAGUUUAUUUCUUGCGUAAUAAAACAAACAUUUCUUUUGCUUUGCCUAAGAAUGACUUUAGAAAACAAGCUUUGAAGAAAGAAGAAACAAAGACUACAUUUUAGGUAUAUUUUCUGGUUUUGUUUCAUGUACUGGAGUAUAUACUUAUCAGCCCUGAGGUAACCCAAAAAUCAAAGCAGUGGCUACAAUUUAGGUUGAGAAAAAUGCUUCUGUUUUAUUAAAUGGCAUGAUUUCUUUCCACUCUCUUCCCAUUAAAAAACGCCUUGCUAUGUGGUGAAUCCAGCUGGGGCAAACAUGUAAUACACAAUUACUGUUCUUAAGACUUCUGGUUUCAAAGCUUUAUUUGUUAACUUUAUUCUUUCUUGAGAAAAACAACUUAUUUUCCCAACUUAAGGAUACCCGCUUUCUUUUAUGUUAAUUGUUAUUCAUAAUGAAGACUUUUGUUCAUUAAAGGUAAAUGAUGCCGUUACAGAAAUACUUCUAAGAAUUAUCAAAAUAGCCACUUUCCACAGUACUGUUUACCAUUCUUCUACCUUCUUUUCAUUUAAGAAAAGAAGGUAUCUCUUCCAUAACUUUAAAACUUUGAAAUAUUCUGUGGAAUUUUGCACACUAUUUUAAGAAUAAAAUUUUAAGAUGUAUUUUUGCUAGGACUUCUCAAAAAAUUCAUGUUUAAAAACUUACCAAUGUCAUUAUUUGUCUUACAAGAUAGCAAAUCUGGGAAUCUAUUCCUCACAUAUUUCAAGACCCUUAAAAAAGAAACAAUGAUUUUUAACAAAAUUUGUUUUAAAUAUUAAAUUAUUAUUAGUGAUUUUAUUAUACACAAAGCAUUUUUAAAUACUUUAUAAUUGUUCAUUAUUCUAGUAGCAGUUUGCAAUACAAGGUAUGUAUUUAAAUAAUUUUCUUACACAUUUUUUUGCCUCAGGGUAUUUAUGGCCCAAUUUCUAAAUUGAAACAAUGACUCAAAGAAGUAGGUUUCUAACUUACCUUGGUAUCAGCCUCUGGAGUUUCAUUUUAGUAACCAAACUGUUUCCAAAUAUCUUUUGAUAGUAAGUUACUUAAUCACAGAAAUUGAGGAUCAAAAUAUAAGAUGAAAGGCAAGAUCCCCUGGUUAUGUUGCUAAGAUACUAGUAUUUUUAAUAAUUUACUAUGCAGUAAAUAUUUAGCUAAUAAAAUGUUGCAAUGUAUUUUGAAAUAUGCCAUUAGAGAAACUAUAUAAAAUAUGUAUAAGAAGCUAUAUAAAAUAUGUACAUAGUGCAUAGUGUGUGUGACUUGGUGAGUUUUCUUAUGAAAUAUUUCAGUAUCAGAGGAAGAACAUUUAAAGUCAAAUAUUUAAAUAUCUCCCCUCCAAACACAAUGUUGGUUAGCAGUAAUGAAACGAUUCAUUAAAAUAAAAAUUGCCGAAGAACUCAUGAAAUUACUCUUACAAAAUAUUGAAAACUCUUAUGAACUGAAGGCUUUCCCAUUAGCUUCUAAUUUUUUUCAUCAGCCAUUUUAUGGUUAUAAUACUGUUCAUAUAUAGUUUACUGCCUUACCAGCAGGUUACUCUGAAGUCUGUGUUGAUUUCUCCAAGGCCCUGGCCAAUCUGCAUGUUGGCAAUGCGGUGAAGGUGGUGGUAACGUGUGAUGAUGCACAGCAUUUGCAGACUGACGUGCCCUGGGAUGGAAACCACCUGCUGAAUUGUUUUUCCAAUAGGAUGUGAAAAUUUGUAUAUUUUAAUAAUCUAUUAAAUAUUUAAAGUCAAUGUGUAUGUUUCCUUUAAAUGUAUUUUUAAGUGGUAGUUUUGUUUUAAAAUGGCUUAGAUAACACUUUGAAUAACAAAAAUGAAAAAAGUUAUCACCCCUUAAAAUUUUUACUUUUUCUUUCAAGGGACUAGAGUGCCCUCUGCAGGUUAUAAAGAGAUCAUUUAUGGCUAUAUUUACUUUGAAACCCUGUGAUUUUUCCCUUUUAGAAGCAUAACCUGCAUAAAUGUGAUCUAUUUUAUUUAAAUUAUUAACUGUUCAUUUUCCAGUGACGGAGAGAAGAAUUUCUUUUCCUGGCCUGUUUUACAGUUUUUGUAGUUGUGUUUAGUCUGAAGAUGUAAUACCACCAUUGAAUUUUCCAAAUCACUUAGCUAGGGCUCUUUGAACAUCGGAACUGUACACAGUGGAACUGUACAAGGUCCCUCACAGAAAAGAGGUUGGGAAAAUUUACCUAUUUUCAAAUGUGCGAAGGAUGUGGAAGAUAACUUGAUUACUCCCCAUUACAUUUUUAGGAUAUUAAUACAUUUAAAAUAAGCCUUACUUUUGCAAUAUGCAUGUAAAAUUUUUAAAUUACAGCUUCUAUUUUUUUAUUUCACUGAUGAGUAAUGAUUAUGUUCAAGCUAAAAGACAAAAGCCUCUUAGAAUUUCUUUAUUUAAACAGAAUGCUCUGGCAUUAUUGUUGCAUAGGUCUACUGACUAAAAAAGGAGUAUUUCUGUUUGACAAAGGGCAAAGGUUUCACAUCUGAGUCACUCAUUUCUGUACCCAUCUUUCCCAAUGGGUAUGAUAGAUUUGUUUCUCAAGGAUAUAGGAGUUCAUUAUAUAGAUAAAAUUACAGAACUUGAGCACUGGUAGCACUUCUGAUUCACUCAAAUCUGUCAGGGGAACUAUGUAUGAUGAGGACAAGAGGAAUGAUUGGAUCAAACUAAUGGAAAUAGGUCUUUUUGUAAGCAACAUGGUGAUCCGGAUCAUCAACCCUGAAAAGUAAAUUAGAACAAGCAAAUUGCUGUUGAAAAAUUCUUUCAGCACUCUGCUGUUGCCACUCAGUCACAGCUCAGCCAGAGGCAAGGAAAAAAUGCACUCAGUUUUGUAUCAACAAAGGAAACAUUAUUAAAGUGAAUGUUUACAUUGUGUUUGUUGAAGUGUUCAAAGAAUAUUUGUUGCAUCUUCAACCUGCUGUUCUCCCUACUAUUAUAGUGCAUGUGUGAUAAUAAGACAUUUGUACGUUUUAGAAAAUAAAUGACAUUUAACUUGUUUGUGAACUACCUUCUAAAUAUUUAAGUAUCAAACUUUAUACUUUCCCUUUUAAAGAUUUCUGUCACAGGGAAUGUGUCCCCUUACAAAAAAAAACUCAUUUGCUUGAAUAUGACUUGCAGUUAUUUUCACACUUGAUCUUAUCUGAAAUGUUGAGACUCAAUCCAAUUAUUUACAAGUGCUUUAUGUAACUUUCCUUGCAGAAACUGCAAUGCAUAAG